GAUUACUCUGUAGCGCUUUGUGAUGUCGAAAAUGCGAUUGUGAAAUUGAAAUCAUAUUUACGUGAAGCCAUGGGAGACGACUUAGGAGACGAGUGGUGGGCUCAAGGCGAAGAUUUAGGUGGGGGGGACGACACACACGACACACAGGCAGCAGCAGAAGAGCCUAAGGAGAAAGUAGCAAAGAAACGAAAACUUAAAACACAGGAGCCAGACAAAGUGAAGAAAAAGAAGACUGUACAGAAAGAAUGCUUCGUUGCAAAAGAGAAAACAAAACCAGAGGACAAAAAAGAGGCCAAAAAACCCAAGAAAAGACGAAAGAAGAAGACCAUCACAGAUGUGUUGGCGACAUCAGAGCCUGCACCCGGCUCUCCGGCUGACCUGAGGAGCCUUGUGCAGAGCCAUUUCAGUGGCACGCGAUCUGUUAUUGAACAGGAGGAGCUCAAUCUGCCGGAGUCAUGUUUUCUGAUGAGUAAUGACCUCACGCACAGCUUGUCGUCCUACCUCAAAGAAGUUUGUCCCAAGUGGGCUAAAGUACAGAAGCAGCACACGCAGACGCGCUCAGUCGUACUGCUCAUCGUCUGUAGCUCUGCCCUGCGAACCAUCGAACUCAUCAAGCAGCUAACUACAUUUAAGGGUGAAGCUAAAGUGCUAAAGCUCUUUGCCAAACACAUCAAAGCUGAGGAUCAGAUGAAGCUGCUGAGUAAAAGUGUGGCUCACAUCGGUGUGGGUACUCCUGGCAGACUGAGCACCCUGAUAGAGAAAGAAGGAUUGAGCCUGCAGGGAUUGAGAUAUCUUGUACUCGACUGGAACUACAGAGACCAAAAACAGAGGCGGAUGGUGGACAUACCAGAGGUAAAAGCAGAAUUUCUAAAGCUUAUGGAGACUGGCAUCAUUACGAAGUGUCAAGAAGGAGCUGUUAAAAUAGCACUGUUCUGAGUGUGUAUUGCUAUUCAUGUCCUCCCAGGCACGUCCACCCAAAUACACCUCUCAUCUGUGUUAUUUCGUUUGUUUGGUUUAUUUUUGUUUUUUUUUUAUGUAAAGCUUUGUUCCAUAUUUUAGUGCUGUGUAAAAACCCAGCUGUGUGUCUGCCAUAGAAGCACACACUCCACUAAAGUGAUCUAAAAAUAAACUCAUCUGAUUGGACAAA